AUGGCGGCGCUCAGCUUUAUGUUCCUGCUAGACAGACUGGCUCACUGGGAGCCAGAGGAAGAGACUGCUAGAGGAAGAGGCGGAUUCGUGAAGAGAAUUGACUUUGCAUACCAUGAAAUGGGUGUUUUGGAUGAAGGGAACUACAAAACACACGUUGAUAACCACUACGAUCCAAAUGCGUUGCCGGUGAUUCAAGGGAUCAAUUAUAGAGACGUCGUGACGAAUAAUGUGUUGAUGGUGGCUAGGUUGGAAGGGAUCGAAGGUGACCCUUUUACUCGAAUCUGGAUAUCCAAUGUCACGAUUGGAAUGACUGCAAAGGCUAAGAACGUGCCGUUGACUUGCACCGACAUUGAUGGGAUCACGAGUGGUGUAAGUCCUUGUACAUGUGGCUAUUACCGGAUCGCCAGAGAAACCCAUGGCUUGCGACUUUUCGGCAGAGCCUCUGUCCAUGAUCAAGUGGUUCUCAAAAGUUGUACCUUUAGGAUGAAUUACAUGUGA